AUGCCGGAAUACAAAAUUGUAGUGCUUGGUAGUGAGGGUGUUGGAAAAAGUUCUCUGAUCACACAGUUAGUAAAAAAGAUGUUUGUAAAACGAUAUGAUCCAACAAUCGAAGAUAAUUACAAGCAUGAAUUUGUUGCCAAUGAAAAAACUUGCACGUUGUUAAUUCUUGACACUGCUGGAACUGAACAGUUCUCAGCAAUGUAUGAUUUGUAUAUGAAAUAUGGAGAUGGCUUCAUUAUUGUUUAUUCAGUUACUGAUUUAACAAGUCUUGCAAAUACUGUUGGAAUUUUUCAAAAUUUAGUACGAAUGCGACAAAAAUAUCAUUUUCCAUUAAUACUUGUUGGUAAUAAAUGUGAUGAUAAUGCAAAUCGACAAGUGUCUAGAAGAGAUGGAGAACAAUUUGCUGCUCAGUACAAUUCCACAUUUUGUGAAACAUCAGCUAAAACUAACAUCCACGUCAUUGAGACAUUUGAAGAUAUUGUAAAACAAAUCAGAAUGGAAGAACAGUUAUCACUUUCUCAAUUUCAGUCGAAAAUUCAUCCGUGGCACGCCGAUACCAGCACUUCAAUGUGCUGCUUUAUGUGA